GCUUUACCAAUUAUGACAUCAAAGCAAGUUAGUACUGUCUUUGGGACCACUCAUUCUGUUCUUGGCGUCAUGGAAAUGGCCAAGACAUGCACACCAGAAAUGGGAAUACCAGAAAUGUAUAUUCGUCCAGAACAUGAACCUCCAAUUCAAUUAGAUGAAACCAAUACUCCUUUGCCAACCAUUCCAGUUUUUGAUUUGCAAAGCUUGCUGUGUGGAACUGCCAGCACUGAACUUGAGAAGUUGUACAUAGCAUGCAAAGAUUGGGGUUUCUUUCAGGUAGUGAACCAUGGUGUUAGCUCACAACUAUUAGAGAAGCUGAAACUUGAGACUGAGAAAUUUUUCAACCUCCCCAUUGAGGAGAAAAGAAAAUACCAAAUCAGACCAGGAGAUGUUCAAGGUUAUGGACAUGCCAUCAGAUGUAAAGAUCAAAAGCUUGACUGGGGGGACAGAUUCUACAUGGUAAUCAACCCUGUCAAGAGAAGAAAGCCAUAUCUUUUUCCAGAGCUCCCUUCACCACUAAGGGAUACCCUGGAGUCAUACUUCUCAGAAUUGAGGAAACUUGGCAUGACACUUCUUGGACUAUUAGGAAAAGCCAUUAGCAUGGAUAUGAAAGAAGUGGAGAAUCUCUUUGAAGAUGGGAUGCAAUCUGUGAGGAUGACAUACUAUCCACCAUGUCCGCGGUCAGAGCAAGUUGUAGGCCUCACACCCCACUCUGAUGCCACUGGCAUAACCAUUCUUAACCAGGUUAAUGGAGUGGAGGGUCUUGAAAUAAAGAAAUGUGGGGUUUGGAUUCCUGUGACCUUUCUCCCAGAUGCUUUUGUUAUUAACGUUGGGGACAUCAUGGAGAUUCUAAGCAAUGGGGCCUACACCAGCAUAGAGCACAGGGCUUCAGUGAACAAAGAAAAGGAGAGGAUUUCUAUUGCCAUGUUCUUCAACCCCAAAUUUGAGGCAGAAAUUGGGCCGGUCAAACGUUUGACAAGUUCUGAAAACCCACCUUUGUUCAAAACCAUGUUGAUGGAAGAUUACUUCAAAGACUUCUUUUCCCGAAAUCUAGAUGGAAAAUCACACUUGGAGAAAAUGAGGGUUAAAAGUUUUAACUUAUAUAGUUAAAGA